AGUACGUAUAACACGUAUGAUUUAAGAUACGAAAUAGUAAAAGAUAUUUCAAAUUUAUUGGCGCCCUUAUCAGGAACAUUUUCUAUAUAGUUGGCACUUUUGCUAUUGAAAGAUGCUUAUAUUUUCUUUUGCUGAUUAAUACGUAACAAAAAUGUCAAAUUCACUUGUGAAUAAAGGGCUUGAAUUACUAGGUUAUGAAAAGAGUUUAAAACAGGAGAAAAAGAAGAGGAAACACGUAAAAUAUAAGGGUACAUUGGACUUGAUUCCCCCAAAACAUAGAGUAUUAUCAAAAAAUGACAAAACAGAUCUAGGCACAAUACUUGGACGAUCAAGUAAAGUGACUGUUUAUGAAACCAAAAAACGAUUAGAGGCAGAAAAGGAUCCUACAGAUGAGAAUGUGCAAGGGCUUCUUAUGCUUAGCAGCAAUCGCAUCAAUCCAGACACAGCAAACAAGUUAUUGAAUCGAGCAAUAAAGAAAAAAUAUAUUCCAAAGAAAGAAAAACCUAAGGAACCUGAAACUACUGUAUUCACUGAAGAAGAUUUCAAGAAGUUUGAACAAGAAUAUGUGGAUCAAUAAUUUGUGAUGUAU